CCGCUCUAUGUGUCUUGCUUCUGGGCGCCCUGCUCUCUUUCCACACCCGUCCUGAUUUUAUGUAAUCCAUUUCAAGCCGGCAUCGGGGCGAGGGCGACUGCCAGGUGUGGCUCAUUACUAAUCCACGGCUUGGCCCAUUUUCACACUCCAAAUCAAACAAUGAAAAAGUACACAACCAAACACAACCAUAAUUAACUAUACAAAAAAAUAGGACAACCCUAAUCAGUUAGUUCGUUUCUGUUUUACACCUUGACAACUGUACCAUGAAGGUGUAAAAAUGUCUGUCUUUGGUAAUAAUCUGGCAUGAAUUUUGGAAUAAAGUGAUCUUACGUUACCUCUCUUCUAGUGUCUUUGCUGCUGCUGCUGGUCUCUUCCAUUUCCAGUGGAAUUCUGCUGCUGCUACUGGUGGUCUUGAUGGUGGUCUGUCUGGUCCGCAGGAGAAGGCGAAACACCCAGCAGCCCAUAGCCCUCUCCCAAAUUCAAAUGGACGGCAGAGAUCGGAAAACUGAUGAUGAAGAUGAGGAUGAUGAGCAGGAUUAUGAGAAUGUGGAUCUUCUAGACAUGACAAAGAAAGUCAGGAAGGAAGAAACAGAAGAGGAGAGUGAUGAUUAUGAAGAGCCAGUUGGUGAUGAUGAUCAUGAUUAUGAGGAAGCAGGUCCUGAUUUAUACUGUACAAAUGCCAAGGAGAUCAAUGUGUGUGGGGAGGAUUACGGUGAGGAAGAUAAUGAGGACAAUGAUGAGGAAGAGGAAAGCAGUGAUGAAGAUGACGACUAUGAGAAUGUAUCACCAGCCUGUGAACAAAUUGUGGACAUAAAUCAACAGUAUGAGGAUGUAUACCAGACCUUUUAGCUAUCAGCUUACUUGCUGUUAAUCCCACAGUAAUUUCACAGUCAUUUAUUAAAUAAGAUGGGCUUCUAUUUUCACUUUAUUUCUGAGGAACUUUCAGUUUUCCACCCUGACUGCUGAAGCAAGGAGUUAUAUACUGCCUGGCCAAAAACAAGGUCAUACACUCUGAUGUUUGGCUGGACCUCCUUUAGCUUUGAUUCCAGCAGCAUUCGCUGUGACAUUGUUUUGUUAAGCCUCUACAAUCUCACAACAAUCAUUUCCAUCCAGUGUUGCGUUAUUUUUUCCUCCAAGAUCGAUGGUCGAGAGUUCAACCACUGCACAUAGCCUUCUGAACCACAUCCCAAAGAUUCUCCGUGGGGUUCAGGUCUGGACUCUAUGGUGGCCAGUCCACGUGUGAAAAGGAUGUAUCCUGUGCCCUGAACCACUCUUUCACAUUGUGAGCCUGAUGAAUCCUGUCAUUGACAUCAUGGAAUAUGUUUGUGCCAACAGCAAAUAAAAAAUCCAUUAAUGAGAUAAUUCAGUAUAUUGAGGUAGCUGAGGUCAGCUGACCUCAUUCUUUGGAUGCAUAAAGUUGCUGAACCUAGACCUGACCAUGCUCUACAGUACCUCUGGAUAAUUAUGUCUCCAGUCUGAAUGUUUGAAUUUCCGUCAUUUGUGCUACUGUAAUUAGAAAUAUUUACAUUGAAAGCAGCCAUUGCAUUUCAGGAGGCACACUUCAUCAUUAUGUAGUAUGUUCUGUAGGAGGACCCCAUACAUCUGGGAGACGUAUAAUGACCAAAGCAUCUGAAAGCACCAACACAUGCUCUUUCUUCUUUUUCAUUUUAUCAGCUUUAAAGACACAACAGACACUGAUCCUGGUGAAGACCAAGCUGGUCGCAAGGUGUUUGUCUUUU